UUAAAAACUUACUUUCAGGAUUAACUAACACACAACAUAAAAGAAUUCGAUUAAAUCGCUUAGAAAGAAGAAAGACUGACAUUUUUGGAAUAAAUUUGUGAACAACACUGAAAAUUUUAGUUGGUCAAAUCAAUUCUCAGGGGAUAUACUGCACAAUUUUGCUGAUAGGAAUGGCUACACCAGGAGCUUACCUGAUUCAAGAUCAGAAUAUAAGUGUACACUAUGAUGCAGGGGCUUCUCUGGUGGGGAAGAAUGGUAUCUACAAGGCACAGAAGAAAGGAGGAGGAGGGAUUGGUGGGAGAAAAGCGCUUAAUGAUAUCUCAAACUCGGCAAAGCCUUCUGCUCUACAAGCAUCAAAGAAAAAUAAUUCCAUCAAUAGAAUUUCUAUUGGGAAAGAUCAUGAUGCCUCUAGAAAGAAAUUUAGUGCAGGAACGAAAGCUAACUAUUCUAAAGGUCUGGAGAAAAAGGGUGGCAGGAAAGCACUAGCUGAUCUUACAAACUCAAGCAAGUCGUCGCCAGUUGCAAAAGAACAAUUUCUCCAUAAUCAUCAGAAUUGCGUCAAAGCACAGAGAAAGGUGAUGGACAUGAGUUGUUUUCUGAAGGAAAUUGGAUUAGAUCAUGAUGAUGUCCCUGUGCAUCUAGGAGCAUCUCCACAUGCACUAAAACCAUCAAUGAAGUCGAAGUCAUCAACAUAUCAGCCAGAUAGCCCAAUGAAGAAUUAUGCCGAAGUGGAAGAGAUGCCAGAACUGAUGUUUUAUGAUGAGGUUCGUAGAUGUGAGCAAAAUCGAGCUUGAGCAUCUUUUCCCCCUUGUGUUGCAUCUCCUAAAUCACGAUAUGUCAGCUGGAUGGAUGACAGUGUUCUAGAUUUUGCAUUGAUUGGAACACCUAUCCAUUCAAACCAUUGAUGGACACUUCUUUGAGCUAAAGAAUCACUCGCAUCCCAUUGAAACAUGUUAAAUAUAUCUGUUGUAGUUAUCGGUCAGUCAGCUGUUUGACUGUUCACGUUGUUUUGUUCUUCCUUGUUUCACAUUUUAUCACCUAUCUUAUGCUUUUGUAUUCUUUCCUCCUAUUGUUUUUCUAAUUUUUUUGUUCAUGUUUGAUUGGAUGAAUUGUUGUUAA